UCGAGCCAAUUUCGAAAGAGAGCGAAAACUCUUCCCUUUCUCGUCUACCGGAAAGAGUGAAACCCUCUCCAAGAAAGGGCUGAACGAUGCAGAUGAGGGCGGAGGAGCUGAUCCACGUCCGAAUGGCGGAGCUACGGCUGGCCUGCGAACGAGAGAUCCGGAUCCAACGGGAGAGAGCCAGCCUCGCGGCCAGCUCGUUCCGCCAGUCUCUCCUCUCAAUACGGUCCACGGCCGAAGAAACCCUAGCAAAUCGAGAAAAACUUGGCAAACUCAAAGAUAACCUCAAAGAAUUGGAGGCUCAUUUGGAAGAAUCAUUAGCAGUGAAGACCUGUAAAGAGGCCAAGCAUACAUGUAGCACUGAAUCCUUUUCAACUACAGUAGCUAGAACUGACCAACUCAAGAAGUUAGUUCUAGAUCGAAGAACAAGGAGGGAUGAAUAUGCUGCAGUAAUAUCACAACAGUUACUGGCUUUGGAAUCACUAGAAGAAAAGAGUAAUCUAGACAUAAUUGAAAGACAAGAUAUGGAGGAAGCUAUUAUGUGGUACAAUAAGGUUCUUGGUUUCCGAGCUGAAGGAGGAGAAGGGGUCAAAUUCAUCUUCAACAAAAUUAACUCGAAAAAUCCAGAUGAAGGGUACUCAUUUACCAUAAUGCUUGAAAAUGAUAUAUACAAAUUGCUGCAUUGUGAUCCAUAUGUGGAAGAUAUCAGCGAACUGAUCAAGGAAUUAAAUAAAAACGAUAAUUUGUUUGAGCUAGUAAGAAUUAUGAGAGAAAAGUUUCAGGCUGCUGCAUUGAAUGGGUUCUCGCCUACAACCAUGACUGACUAUCCAGACUCAUCUUCAGUUACAGUAUCAUCACCGCCUCCAGUAUCAGAUGACAGUAGAAGUGGAACUCUGAUAAAGGAAAGUGAUCCUCAUCUUCAAACUAAAGAGGGCCGGCGUGUUCUUCAGAAAGUCACCCGUGGCCAAUCUGUAGCUCCAUCGCCACAAUCUAUAUCAGCUAUGCGCCGCUCCCCACGUCUUAUGGCCAAAAAUUUUCCCUGAGCUGGUGGGCAGCUGCAUAACUCUGAUAAGGUCAGCUGGUCGUUGAAUGCAACUGUUCCCUGUUCAGUCUGGCAAUAAUGAAUUUCGAGCAUGAACAAAAAGACAAUGUAAGGCAUAAUGACUUGCUGCAAUAGUUUUCCUUCCCAAUUUUAGUUUUGUUUUCUGUCCAUAGGGAUUGUACACGAAUCAGAGAACUGACCUAGUAUGUCCCCUUAACAAGAAAUGCCUUUGUAUCUAUCAUGUGUAUAAAAAUGUUGGUCAGGUUGUGUUUUUAUUUAUGUCAGGAUGACUAUUCUGCUUUUUUGGUCGUGGUUCGUGUUUCAAUCUAGCCUAUGUUGCUCAAGUAAAUCUGGUGUAUUGAGAUGUCAGCACCAGAUUUUGCUUAAGGUUGCAGCAAGGGUGUAAACUGAUCUGUUUGCAGGGAAAAAAAAAUUGCUUCUGAUUUUCUACUAA